UUGAUAAAAAACAAAAGCUAAUAUAGAACUAAAGUGCCACGUCAUCGAAAGUCUAAUAUAUUAUGAAAAAGGAAAGAAGAGAAGACCCACAAAACUCAAUAGUUCACUAGUCACUACCCGCCUUCUUUACCAGAGCGGUCUCUUUUUCUCUCUCUCCUCCACUUUCUCAGUCUUUCAACUUCUUGGUCGGUCUCUCUCUCUCUAUUUCUUCUUCGUACUGUUUCUAGGGUUUUACGCCAAUCUAUGCCAUGAGUAUGAACAACACCACAGGUUCGUUUAGGCCGUCAAGGCCACCGGAGAAUCACCGUAGAAUUCGUCCUCCCUCGACCUUUUCUUCGUUACCGAACAGAACCCAUCAUUUACCGGUGAAUCAACGCCAUUAUCUACCUGUGAGGCUGAGACCCACUGUUACCCCUCCUCCACCAGUGGUUCGUUAUAAUUUUGUUAUCGACAUCCUUCGUGAUCAGACCACCAACGUUUCGGUUACCGAAGUCCAGGCCCUGGUUGAUCAGUGUCUGCCAAAGCCGGAUAAGAUUAAUGUAAGCCAGUCUGGAAUGUUCUUGGCAUCUCUGUCCUUUCAUAAAUGGGUUGAUGCGCUCGAGGUUGUGGUCUUUUUGUGGAAAUCGCGUCUUCGCGGGGAUCACCGGCUGACGCACAAACUCAAUACUGGUCGAAUAGCGCCGAAUGAUCGACAGGAACUUGAAAACCGGCUCCGGGCCGUGUUCGCAGAGAGCAUUGGCGAGUUAAUUGAUGGCCAAAAGGUGAAACAUUGGAGUGAAAAGCAUGAUCAUCUGUCGAAAGAGCUUCAGAAGGUGACAGGGUUGCUUCGAAAGCCGAAGGCUGUAAUUGUACAUAAGGAGCUAGUUGAAAAGAAGAAAAGGCUUGUGCUUGAGAUGGAACUGGUGGAUAAGAGAUUGAAAGAAUUCAAGUCUGCUAUGAGAAGUCUGCUUUCUUAUUUUGAAGGGAAGGGUUUGAAGGAGUAUGACGAGGAUGGCAUACAAGCGCUUAGGCUUGAUGGGGGUUUGAAUUGGAGUCAUAUUCAUUGCUUGAUGUCACGAGAGUGCAGGCGCCUCGAAGAUGGUUUGCCCAUUUACGCCUAUAGGCAGGAAAUACUCCACCAUAUUCAUACCCAACAGGCAAUGGUCUUGAUUGGGGAAACUGGUUCUGGAAAAAGUACACAGCUGGUGCAAUUUCUUGCUGAUUCAGGUAUUGCUGCUGAUGAGGCCAUUGUUUGUACACAGCCCCGUAAAAUUGCUGCCAUGUCGCUGGCCCGUAGGGUUCGGGAGGAAAGUGGUGGCUGUUAUGGAGAUCGUUCAAUCACUUGUUACCCAUCCUUUUCAUCUGAUCAGCAGUUUAACUCUAAGGUAAUCUUUACCACGGACCACUGUCUACUGCAGCACUACAUGCUAGAUAAGAACUUGUCUAAGAUUUCUUGCCUCAUCGUUGAUGAGGCUCAUGAAAGGAGUUUGAACACUGAUCUACUUCUGGCAUUGGUAAAAAGUCUACUUUGUAGGAGGCGUGAUCUGAGACUUGUUAUAAUGUCUGCAACAGUUGAUGCUCACCAGCUCUCAGAAUACUUUUUUGGCUGCAGAAUUUUUCAUGUGGUGGGGAGAAAUUUUCCAGUUGAUAUAACAUAUAUACCUUGUAUCACAGAUGCAUAUCUGUCUGAUGUAGUGAGGAUGGCAACAGAGAUACACAAAACAGAGAAAGAAGGGGCCAUUCUUGCCUUUUUGACUUCUCAGAGUGAAGUAGAGCUGGCAUGUGAGAAGUUUGUAGCUCCUGCUGCAGUGGCCUUACCAUUACAUGGAAAACUGUCUUUUGAGGAGCAGUUUAAUGUUUUCCAGAACUAUCCUGGGAAAAGAAAAAUUAUUUUCUCUACAAAUCUUGCUGAGACAUCACUGACAAUUCCCGGAGUAAAGUAUGUAAUUGACUGCGGGAUGGUCAAAGAAAGUAAGUUUGAACCUGGGAGUGGCAUGAAUGUUCUUAGAGUAGGCAGAAUCAGUCAGAGCUCUGCUAAUCAACGAGCUGGCCGAGCUGGAAGAACGGAGCCUGGAAAGUGUUAUAGACUUUACUCAGAAUCUGAAUUCAAGUCAAUGCCUCCUUGUCAGGAACCUGAGAUUCGGAGAGUUCAUCUUGGUGUUGCUGUUUUGAGAAUAUUUGCUUUGGGCAUUAAGAAUGUACAAGAUUUUGAUUUUGUUGAUGCACCUAGCGCUGAAGCAAUUGACAUGGCCAUAAGGAAUCUUGUUCAGUUAAGUGCUGUUAAACGAAGCAAUGACAAUUUUGAAUUAACGAAUGAGGGUCGAUGCUUAGUGAAAAUGGGAAUUGAACCUCGGCUUGGUAAACUGAUACUUGGGUGCUUCAAUAAUAAUUUGGGUAAAGAGGGGAUUGUACUUGCCGCCGUGAUGGCAAAUUCUAGUAGCAUAUUUUGCAGAGUUGGUUCUGAUGAUGCAAAAAUGAAGUCUGAUUGCAUCAAGGUAAAAUUUUGUCAUCAGGAUGGUGACCUCUUUACGCUACUCUCUGUGUACAAGGAGUGGGAGGCUGUAGCGAGAGACAAGCAAAACCAGUGGUGUUGGGAGAACAGCAUCAAUGCCAAGACCAUGCGAAGAUGCCACGACACUGUUGUGGAAUUGGAAAGCUGCCUUGAACGCGAACUAGCUAAAAUCAUUCCUACUUAUUGGCGUUGGAGUCCUCAGAAGUCAACAGAUUCUGAUAUGUAUUUGAAAAAGGUUAUACUCUCUUCUCUGUCGGAAAAUGUUGCUAUGUACACUGGAAAUGAUCAACUUGGUUAUGAAGUGGCCUUAACUGGACAAAAUGUUCAGCUGCAUCCUUCAUGUUCGUUGCUUGUAUAUGGUCACAAGCCUCAUUGGGUAGUUUUCAAUGAGAUUCUGUCAAAUAAUUGCCAAUAUUUAGUCUGUGUCACAUCCUUUGAUUUCGAUGCUUUGUCCACUCUUCAUCCCCCUCCCUUGUUUGAUGCAUGUAAUUUAAAGAAUCGGAAGUUGCAAGUGAAGGUAUUGAAUGGUUUUGGGCGUACUUUGCUGAAAAAAUUUUGUGGGAAGGGAAACAGUAAUAUGCUUUCUCUUGUAGCACAUAUUCGUGAAAUAUGGAUGGAUGAACGUAUUGGCAUUAACGUCAAUGUUGACCAAAAUGAAAUUUCAAUUUUUGCUAGUGCACAAGACAUGGAAACGGUUCUCAACUUUGUAAAGGGUUUCCUGGAAUGUGAACAGAAAUGGAUGCAUUAUGAAUGUCUGGAGAAAUGCUUGUAUCGUGGAUCUGGUGUACCAUCUGUAGCAUUGUUUGGAGCCGGUGCUGAGAUUAAGCAUUUAGAACUUCAAAAAAGGUGUUUAGAUGUUGAUAUAUAUCAUUCAAAUUUGAGUUCCUUAAAUCCAACAAAGGAGAAGGAACUUUUGAUGUUUAUUGAAAAGUUUACCUCCAGUACCAUAUGUGCUUUUCACAAGUACGCCCAUUCAGGGCAGGAAGGUGAUGACAAAGAAAAGUUGGGACAGAUAACAUUUCUUUCACCUGAUGCAGCUCUAAAAGCUACUGAACUGAAUCAAUUUAAAUUUGAUGACUCGUUGCUCAAGGUGAUUCCAUCAAAGCCAACUUUUGGAGACCAUAACUAUUUUCCUUUCUCUGCUGUUAGAGCUAAAGUAUCUUGGCCUCGUAGACCCAGUAAGGGGUUUGGAAUUCUUAAAUGUGAUCCACAUGAUGUCAAUUCUAUGAUGGAUGAUUUUUCUAAUCUUGAAGUUGGAGGAAAGUUAGUGCAUAGUGGUGCUAGUACAAAGGCGGCAGAUUCUUUAUAUAUUACCGGGCUUGACAAAAAUUUAUCUGAAACUGAAAUUCUUGCUGAUUUACGCCUUCAUACAAGAAGGAGAAUCCUUGAUUUUUUCCUCAUAAGAGGAGAGGCAGUAGAAAAUCCAGCCUCUGAUGUUUGUGGAGAAGCACUCCUAAAACAAAUUACUCCAUUUAUGCCAAAAAACAACAACCACAGUGCUUGUUGCCGGGUGCAAGUCUUCCCCCCCAACCCGAAAGACACUUUUAUGAGAGCACUUAUUAGCUUUGAUGGAAGAUUACAUUUGGAGGCAGCUAAAGCUUUGGAACAAAUAAAUGGUGAAGUAUUGCCUGGAUGUCUCCCGUGGCAAAAGAUAAUAUGCCAGCAGUUAUUUCAUACUUCUUUAUCAUGUUCAGAGCGUGUCUAUUCAGUAAUUAAGAAGCAGUUAGAUUCAUUGAUUCGAAAUCGCCUUAGUAGUAUAAAAGGCGUAGAAUGCAGUCUAGAGCAAAAUCCUAACGGGUCGUAUCGAGUAAAGAUAUCUGCCAAUGCUACAAAAACUGUUGCUGAGGUGAGGAGGCUUGUGGAAGAGAUGCUGAAAGGGAAAAUCAUAGAUCACAAGGCUCUUACUCCAACUGUUUUGCAGCUUCUGUUCUCCAGAGAUGGAAAAAAUCUUAUUUACACUCUGCAAAGGGAGACAGGAACCUACAUUUUCUUUGAUAGGUAUAGCCUUAAUGUACGCAUUUUCGGUUCUCACAACAAUGUUGCUGUGGCAGAGGAAAAAAUGAUCAACUCCCUUGUUGCUCUCAGUGAUAGCAAGCAACUUCAGAUCAAUCUUCGUGGAAAAGACUUACCUCCAAAUUUGUUGAAAGAAUUGGUGAACAACUUUGGACCAGAUCUCCAUGGGCUUAAAAAAAAGGUACCUGGGGCAGAUUUUACUCUAAAUACUUUUAGGCAUACCUUAACUAUUCACGGUGACAAAGACUUGAAGCCAACAGUGGAAGAGAUAAUUUAUAAGAUUGCACAAAUGAGUUGUGGUUCUGUUGGGAGAUUUGAUAAUGACGUAACUUGCCCCAUUUGCUUGUGUGAUAUUGAGGAUGCUUACCAGCUUGAAGGCUGUGGGCAUAAAUUUUGCUCGCUCUGCUUGGUAGAACAGUUUGAUUCUUCUAUAAAGAACCAAGAUGGUUUCCCAAUAUGCUGUGCACACGAGGGUUGUGGGUCACCCAUUCUGCUGACAGAUUUAAGGUCUCCACUUUUAUCGGGCGAGAAGCUGGACGAACUCUUUAGAUCUUCUUUGGGUGCAUUUGUUGCAUCAAGUGGGGGUGCUUACAAGUUCUGCCCAUCUCCUGACUGCCCUGCAAUCUAUCAGGUGGCUGAUCCCAGAACUGAUGGGAAACCAUUUGUCUGUGGUUCUUGUUAUGCCGAGACAUGUACUAGCUGCCAUAUGGAGUAUCAUCCCUACUUGUCCUGUGAGAAAUACCGGGAGUUCAAAGACGACCCAGAUUCAUCCUUGAAGGAGUGGCAGAGCGGAAAAGACAACGUGAAGAGCUGCCCCAACUGUGGGCACAUGAUCGAAAAGUGGGAAGGCUGCAACCAUAUAGAGUGCAGGUGUGGAAGACACAUUUGCUGGAACUGCAUGGAACAUUUCAAUAGCAGCGAUGAGUGCUAUAACCAUCUCAGGAAUGUCCACCUGGCUAUUAUAUGAGGAUGUCAGAUCACUAUUUUUAACAGAUGAAUAAUUUAUGUAAAUUCGAAGUAAUUGUGUUUAUAUUUAAGAUGUCUUUCAUAUAAUAUCUGUGUAUAUAGUUGAGUCCAUAUUAAGUGUUCUGCUAAUAGUGUCUGUAAAUUUUAGUGAUUUGCGACAUUUUAAAUCUUCAGCCCACUUGCUGCUUGUAUAUAUUAUCAUCCACAUAGUGCUGGGCUUCAUAAACAAAUGGUCGUUGUGAAUCAAUUAUCUCGUGUUUUAUGUCACAAAGUUUUCUUA